AUGUCAACGGAACGAUUGAUAUAUAGUCCUAAGCAUUUGACUGAGGUUACCCUAGAAGAGAGGGGAUUAAGAAUCACAGACCAAUCGCUCGAAGCAUUACACGGGAACGAUCACACUCACAAUUUUCUAUCAGCCUGUUUACAGACAGAUUCUAGGACUGGCGAAUCGGAGUCACAUAUUCCGUUUAGAAAUAUCAUAUGGUGUGAAAAAAUAUCAUCGGAUGAUUAUCAAGACUUGUAUGAGUUGGCGUAUAUGUACUCGUCAUCACAAUCGUUAAAACCAGAAAGAAUACAAAUUCAAAUUAAAUCUGUUGAUCCGGGCCAUGCACAUUUAUCGUCAGACAUUAAUGAUUUAAGCAAAUACAUACUUUCGCGGGCAUACGACAAAAGUUUGAUUUCCCCAUCGAUACUUGUUAUAAUAAACCCACAUGGAGGACAAGGUAAUGCAGUUAGUAUAUACGAGCAAAAGAUUUUACCUAUCUUGAAGGAGGCCCACGUUAACUUUAAAUACCAAGAAACCAAAUACCAAGGGCACGCAAUGGAAAUAUCUAAGGGCUUAGAUGUUAAUAGAUAUGAUAUAAUUGCAUGCUGCUCUGGUGAUGGUAUCCCUCACGAGGUUAUCAAUGGGUUUUAUCAGCGCUCUGAUAAAGGUUUGGAAGCUUUUAACAAGAUCGCAGUAACACAAUUACCAUGUGGUUCUGGUAACGCACUUACUUUGAGUACACAUGGAAGCAAUGAUGCCUCAGUUGCGACUUUGAGCAUGUUGAAAUCACAGAAGGCUAAGUUGGAUCUUAUGGCAGUAACCCAAGGUACCGGAAAUAAGGAAAAAACAAGUUUGUCAUUCUUAACCCAAUGUUAUGGAAUAAUAGCAGAUUCUGAUAUUGGAACUGAGCAUUUAAGAUGGAUGGGCCCAAUAAGAUUUGAUUUGGGUGUUACAUACAAGGUGCUUAAAAGAAGCAAGUAUCCGUGUGAUAUUUAUGUCAAUUGCAUAACCGAAAGCAAGCAGGAUAUUUCGGAUCAUUUUGAUAAACAUUACAAACAAAAUUAUGGCCCUAAGACAUUAACUGCUGAAGAAUUCGAAUUAAAGUAUCCAGGAUUAGACCAAGAUCCACCUAGUAAUUGGGUUAAACUACCUGAGAUUACAACAUCAAACUUGAAUAUAUUAUAUGUAGGCAAAAUGCCUUAUGUUUCCAAUGAUGCACAGUUUUUUCCUGCUGCUCUUCCAAAUGAUGGUUCGAUGGAUAUGAUCAUAACAGAUACGAAUAUGUCGAUCAUAGAUACUACUUCUACUUUGCUUUCUGUGAGUAAGGGAACUCAUGUUUAUAGUGAUAAAGUUCACCACUCUAAAGUUCUAAGCUACAGAUUGGUUCCAAAGCUUGCUAACCCUGAUAACCAUUACAUUUCCAUUGAUGGAGAGAAUUUUCCAACUGAGCAAUUGCAAGUAGAGAUUAUGCCGGGUAUACUAACUGGAUUGUUAAAUGACGGCAACUUUGUUGAUACAUCUUUUUCCAAAUAA